AUGAAGUUCCUCCCACUUCGCGACUUCGACGUCGUGGCCAGCGCGCUCAACUUCGACACUCCCGAUUGUCACGUCACCGGUGGCUGCGACCUGUACACAACAAAAGCCGCAGGCUCCGAUAAGAAGCUCUACAAGAACAUUGACAAGUCGCUAGAAACACAACAUGCCGCCCUGCUCAAGUUCGGGUCCAGCCUGUCGCCGCCCCAGCGCACCACCCUCAACCUGUCCCGCUCAAGUCCAUUUGGCCCUCUUUCCGACAUCUCAAGUCGCAGGACUUUCGCAUACCUCAUUGCCACCCUGAAUGCCUCACAUCCCGACUAUGACUUCAGCCACGUCCUGCGACCCGCCGACUUCAAGCGGGAGCGCAUGUUGAGGAAGGUGGUCGCCAACCUCGACACAACUCUGCACAGCGCGCGACCCAACGCGCCAUCCACAACCCAGUUCCCCAUGACCUCAUUGCUUCCCCCAAGUAAGAGGUCCAAGGCUGCCGUCGCAGACACGGGGUCCUCGCCCCCGGCCGUGUCCGGCACGGAAUCCCCACCCUGGGGGCCCCACAUGUGGGCCCUGAUCGAUAAGGAGAUGACCCUCAAGGAGUGCGCCGUCUUCUCCUACCAGCCCACCUCGAACCCCUUUGACGAGGAGGCCGCCGCCAUCUGGAGCCUGCACUACCUGUUCUUCAACAGGGAGCGCAAGCGCGUCGCCUACCUCUACGUCCGGGGCGUGCCCGUCGUGUCCCACAGCUACAACCCGCCCUCGCCCCUGCGCCACCGCCAGCGCAGCGGCGCCAUGUCGCUGACGCCCUCGUCGUCCACCGGCGACCUGCGGAAGCGCAGGCAGCUGCAGCUCGAGGACGCCGGCGCCAACAAGCGCGCCCGCUACUGGCUGGGCGACCGCGAGGCGGAGCGCAUGCCCGUCUCGGACGACGAGGACGACUACGCCGACGACGGCCUGUCGUGGAACCGCGACAGGGACGGCGUGCUCGAGCUCGACGAGUUCGCCGGCAGCUACGAGGACUACGACGACGACGCCGGCCUCAGCGACGGCUUCAGCGACGAGGUCUCCGAGGACGAGAACCCCGACGAGCACGAGACCAGCCCCAGGAUGAGCGCCCUGCGCGGCAUGAGCGAGGACAUCGCCGGCAGGAUGGAGAUCGAGUGA